CAGGAGUUCGUCUCUUUUACUGGCCUCUUUUACCAGCCACUAGGUAUUCUUGUAGCCCUGGCCAGGUCGGCAGCAGGUGACCAGCCUUUCCCAUUCAACCGCUAACCAGGGCCGGUGAUAGGUGGGUUCGCACAGCAACAGCGUGCCAGCUCAGGCUUGUAUUGCAAUAUUCUCCACUGCUACAGGCUACUACUACUACUGCACUACUACUGCACUACUAGGUACUGCACUCCACCCGCUAUCAUCACUGCUGUAGGUACCCUAUGUGUACACUAUCUUAGGUACCUACCAAUCCUCAUCCCGCCGCCGCAGCGCUGGACACGCAACCUCUCAUCAUCAUCAUUAUCAUCAUCAGCCAGCUCGACAGAUCCAUUGAAACCUGAUUACGCCCAUGCAAAGCCAUCUCGUCGUGUCAGACAAUUGACGGCGCAGUCCUAUUGACCGACGCGCUUAAGAGCUGCCCCUCGCUCCCCUCGCUCCCCUCGCGGACGCAGCACCCGCUUGGACCUCUUGACGCAAGCUGGGGUGCUUGUGCUGGCACUGGCGAUCAAUCGGGCAGUUCACCGACUACCUACCUAGGACUCACGUACGUCUCUCGUCCCAACGUGUCCGUCCUAGCUCGCCUUGCCCGCGCUCUGCAAACACGAGCAGACACGAGUAUAGCCAUCGUCUGCGGCAAUACACCGUCACGUACUCCGCGCAAAGCGAACUGCUGUCGCAAAAAUGGCCUCCUCGCAAUCCAAUGGCGUCUCUGGGUCUGAUCAAGAUCUUGUGCCCUCGACACCGCCCGAGGCAACAAUGGCAACAAUGGUAGCUUCACCCAUAGCCCAACCACCCGCUCUCAAUCACCUUUCCUCAACUUUAUCACAGCAAUCCAUGCCUUCUACGGAAGAUCCGCCGUCACCUGUUGAUCCCUCCGCUUCCUUCCAGACCGAGAUGAACGACGACCGUCUGUCGCCGCCACAGGUCAUUCGAUCCUCUUUAACACCGCCGCCAUCUUCUCAGAUCCCUCAAAACAAUAUCGUUGCCGGUAUACCGCGACCUUGUUCUGACUCACAACAAACGAGCACUAUAAUCUCACCACCUGCGACAACGCUCUACGUUCCAAAUCGAGAUCGGUCGAACAUCGCCGAAUUUCUCCCUCCUACUGCUGAUCAGAUUGAUAAUGCCACCAUUGACGAGCUUCGAUCUAUGCUACAGUCUUCUCUCACCCUUAACGCGAAACUUAAGUCUGAGACUGCUCAUCACAAGCUGCAAUAUGAGCUCUUGAGCAUGCAAGCUGCUGAAGAUACUAACCGCGCCAAUGUGGAGCACGAGAUGAUCCGUCGCGAAGUAGAGGCCCUCCGCAGUGCUGAGCAUGCCCGCCAGGCUCGACGAGAACUCGAAAUACGUGUAGACCCGAUCCAGGCUAAGUACCGUGAGCUCCAAGCGGCCCACGAUGCCCUCACAAAGGAACACAGUGACCUUCUCCGCCGCUUCAAGUCCGCGUCAAGGCUUGUCCAGCAACAAGCCGAAGAAAUUUACGUGUUGAAUGAUGACCGUGAAAUGCUUCUCAACAGAAUACGCGAGAAUAGGCAACAUUUUCACAUGCUUUGCAGCCCUGGCGGUGCAUUCCACGGUGCUUUGACCCCCAAGACUCCCUCAACCUCCCCUCAGCAACACCGGACAACGCCUCGUCAGACACCACGAUCUUCAACCAGAGGCGGUCGCCACGAAAAUGAGACUGAUGCCGCCGGCUUCGCCGCCCUUUUACAGGCUCUAAAACAGGACAAUAGUGCCCCUACAACGCCAAUCUCAGCCAGCCGGCCCCCACCGCGCGGCCAAUUCAGACAACAUCGCGCGGCGCACUCCCUAUCAUCACUGCCCGCCACCCCAUACGCACGUGCUCGUGGUAAUCCUGGCCUCCUCCCUUCUAUCGAUCUUGUUCCACGAACUGAGCCCGCGCAGAAAUUCGGUAGCCGUGUUGCCCCUCAAACCCCAACGCCCAGGAGACGCCGCAAGAGUCGAGAGAGCACUAUAUCAGCCGAGGACGAAGACGAGGCAAAUGCCCGCACGAUGACAUUGGAGUCCGUUGCGGCUGCCGCCCAGUCAUACAUGUCACACGGUUCACAUCACUCCCAGAGACAUGAGGACGAGGAAGAAGAAGUCGUCGAGAGCCAAGCUACUCGAGCAGCAUCAGAAAUGUUACGACGAGAUCCCCGCGAAAGUUUCGAAGUUGCAAGCUCAGUUGGAUCCCGUGAUGCAACACCUGUCCCAGCGGAGAAGACGCAAAAACUCCAAACGAAACUUUACGCGCCCGUGCACAAGGCUGGAAUGAACACAGAAAAACGCAAAUUUAGCGGCGGGUCCAAUCCUGAUGAGGUACGGGUAGAAGCAGUCACGAGCCCAGCGAAGAAACUCCGGUAUGGUGCCGAUGGUGCGAUUGGAUUGGGGAUUCAACACCAUCGCCGAAGAGGCUGAUGAUGAGCAUACGGGUGUCUUUUUUUUCUUUUGGGAUCGAGACAUCAAAGUCUAGUGGAACGAAAUGAAACGAUUUGAAGAUUUUACGACAAUUGGGUUCAAGGGUCAAAGCGGAGGUUUAGGUAAGGACUUUAGAAUGAAAUCAUGUGAAUGAACGGGGACCAGUCUGUCUGUGUAUUAUACCCAUAAUAAGGUAUUGGCCGUCAGGUACUGCCGACAGCACACUGCUAGAGAACCCAGAGCUAGCUCUUUUAGCAAAGGUGUAAAUUGUCUUCAAAGUUGAAGCCAUGAAAGCGUUUUGGGGGGUCUUGAAUGCAUAGCUUCUAGCAUAGACUUAAUAGCAUUGCCGUUACUGGCUACUGUUCAUGGUGU